CUUUAAUUAACAGAUUAUUUUUUUCACUAAACCAGUAUUUUCUCUUCUCUUCUCUCUCUCUGUAGAAUCAGUCUACUAUCAAAAUCUCUCAAAUUAUAGCAUUUAAUCAAGAAGAGAUGGGUCGAGGAAAAAUAGUGAUACAAAGAAUUGAUAAUACAACAAGCAGGCAAGUUACUUUCUCGAAGAGAAGAAAUGGACUUCUCAAAAAGGCUAAAGAGCUUGCAAUUCUUUGCGAUGCUCAAGUUGGACUCAUUGUUUUCUCAAGCACCGGAAAACUCUAUGAAUUUGCCAACAACAGCAUGAGGUCUACAAUUGAUAGAUACAACAAGAUAAAGGAGGAGAAUAAUAACAUGAAUCCCAUGUCAGAGGUCAAGUUUUGGCAAAGGGAAGUAGCAAGUCUGAGGCAGCAGCUGCAUUACUUGCAAGAAAAUCACAGGCAGCUUUUGGGUCAAGAACUUUCUGGACUCAACACCAAAGAUCUAACAAAUCUGGAAAACCAAAUUGAAAUGAGUUUGAAAGGCGUUCGAAAGCAAAAGGAGCAGAUUCUGACGGAUGAAAUCAGAGAACUAAAUCAGAAGGGCAAUCUUAUUCAUCAAGAAAAUAUAGAACUCUAUAAAAAGGUAAACCUUAUUCGACAAGAGUACACAGAAUUGCAGAAGAUUUCUGAGCAAGGAUAUGAAAGUGCACCAAAUGGGGGUGUGCAGGCCACACAUACAAUCAGCAAUGGAUAUGACCUACAUGCACCAAUCAAUCUCCAGCUAAGCCAGCCACAAACACAAAAGAAUGGAACAUCAACAAGUGUCAUGCAACUUGGGCUACAACUGCACUACACAGAAGACUGAUAGCUCUCUGUUUUCUCAACUAGACCUACAUCUAAAAGACACUUCUAUGAAUCCCAUUCUUGAUCAAGCUAGAAGGAAAAAGUUCAUCAAGCCUGAGGAGACUAUGCUCUGCUGAUAUGUUGGAGAGUUUUAUGAUUGAUGUGAACAUGCAGAAGUUAUCUAUGUAAAGUAAUUUAACUUAAACUAAGAAUAAAAACAUGAGGAUUAUCACUUGUGACUUGUCAAGGUUUGCUUCAGUAUUAUAUGUGUUGAAUGAAAAUGGUUGUACAUUAA